CUUCCAACUAGAGAAUCCUUUACCACUAAAUUCUCUUCUGCAUUGUUCGGUGCUAGAAGGCACGCACGAAAAUCAUCAUCAUCAUCAUCAUCCAUUAUCAUCCAUAGAAAUGGAAAUGGCAGCUUGUAUUUGUGGCCAUAAACCUCCAUGGCUUUUCGACGCUUUCUCUCAUUGGAAACCACAAAGCCACAGCCACCACAAAUCCCGAGGAGGAGUAUCAAUGGCUUUUAAACGAAGCCCAAAGCGUCUUAAAUACACAGAUAAUACUCGCUUCAACAAGGAUGGAGGUUUGAUUUACAUUGAAGCUGACCCUUUUGGUUCUGACUCGUGGAAAUUGGAACCUGUUGUUAAUCUUUUGAAACAAGGUGCUGUUGGAGUCAUUCCUACUGAUACACUAUAUGCAAUAGCAUGUGACCUAACAAACAACUCAGCCAUUGAACGGCUACGUAGAAUCAAGAAUAUAGACGGUUCAAAGCCGCUUAGCAUCUUAUGCCACUCAUUUAGCGACAUAGAUAAGUACACAUCUGGGUUUCCGUGUGGUGAUGGUCAAGGCCAUGCAAAUUUAUUCAAAGCUGUUAAGCAAUGCUUACCUGGUCCUUACACGUUCAUCUUAAUGGCUAGCAAAGCAUUACCAAAACAGUGUAUAAGGUUUGGGACUACUGCUGCCAAAUAUGCAGCACGAAAAAAUGUGGGUGUCCGUAUGCCUGAUGAUGCCAUUUGUCAAGCAAUACUAAAGGAGAUGAGUACACCAUUAAUAUGCACAAGCAUCAAGUUCCUGAACGAAGACGAAUGGUUGAUUGAUCCAGUUAUGAUAGCUGAUACAUAUGGACCAGAGGGUCUUGAUUUUGUUGUUGAUGGUGGUGUAAGAGUGGCUCAGUCGUCCACUGUGGUUGAUAUGACCAAAUUGCCUCCCAGAGUCCUACGGGAAGGAAAGAAUCAUAUGAUUUCAGGGUCCAAUUUCAGACUGGAUGGUAUUGGAAGAUAAUCAGCAAACUGAUGGUGAAGAGGAUCUAAUCCCUGCUGCCAUUUGAAUGUUAAUCACCCUUUUGAAUGAAGAUUCAGCAUCCAAGACCAGUUACUGACAUUAUAGGACUCAAGGUGGAAAACUUUAUGUAAAUAAAAGCAUACUGUUGUAAAUGUUGAUAUAGUUGACUUGUACACUUUUGUUGUUGACCAGAUACCCUAUACUUCAUAGGGAUAUCUGAAUUCUUUUUGCAAUUAAAUAAAAUUUGCUGUUUCAUUUUUAUUUUGUCAAAA